AUGUACCGCCGCAGUAGGGGCCUCUUGCCCACGCAAGAGCUCACCGACAUCACGCGAGGAGGCAUGAACCCCACAAGUCUGGAUACCGACACGUCUCUAUGGGGUCGCACGCAACGGUGGUACCGAGGCCGUAGUGUCUUUCUGGCGUCUCAGAGAGUGUACCAGACUAUGUGGCUUGCUGUGUUGGUGUACGCGUUUCUAGGGCUGCCAGUGCUCGGACGCGUGUUAAACUUUGCCCGUUUUGUGCACCGAUUUAGUACGUUCAAGAUCAUUCAAGGGCUGCUGGUGGGGUGGCUGCAGGACGUGGCGAUCUUUCUGCAGACUGCAACGUGCAUCUGCUCUGUCAAGAUAUUGCUGGAUGGGGACGAAGCAUUGAUGCCCCAUCGACUUGUGGCUGCUACGAAGACGACUGCUGCGGUCGUCAGGAGUUUCCCAAAUAGUGGCUUUCGAAGGGACUAUAGUGCAAGCACGAGGUUCUUGCCAGUCUACAUGCCAGUGCUUGCUACGGCGUAUGAUUUCACAGAUGAAGGAAUGGAGGCAGCAGCCUCUGGCGCAGUCACAAACCAUCGAACGCUGCUGAGUUUAGGCGCUGCAUCAGCCGACCAACCGACACUAAUUACACGAAUGAAGCGCGUGCUGCACGCGGUCGUGAUUGUUCUGUUACUGCAGUUGAUUCUAGUGGCAGCGACAAUUGCGAGCGUCGCAGACUUUUGUCUCCAAGUGACAAUGCACCCGCGGUUGAAUCGUGCGUUUGUUAGCAUCUUCUUUAACUACCUGAAGCAAUUCCCUGCGUCGAUGGCUGACGAAGAAGUUAUGACGCGGACAGUCGUGGGAUCCUGGGCGGUGUACUUUGCACUCAUUGCUGCAUUAACGUAUGGAUUCUAUACGGGUCACUUGCCGUUAGCGUCCGAUUUCUUGCGACUACCGAGUGUGCUCAGCUGCUGUUUUGAUCGACGACCCAACGCGCGGAAAGACUCGAUGGCUUCAACGAACGUGUCAGCGCUGGAAACGUCAAAUUCGUACGCGUCAAACUUGUUUGCGUCGUAUUGGCAGCGCGUGGGAAAGUCGGGUUACGCACGAAGACGCAGCAGUCAAAGUUAUGGUCGUUUGCCAGGUGGAAUUGCUGGUGGAGGUGCUAGUAGCCAUGCAACAGCGUCAGCGUUAAGCUCGUCGCUGUCUUUGGGCUACAAUUCCUCUACUAAAUCUGGACCGUUGACUGUGCUGGCCCGAUGCAUUCUUGCAAGUAUGUUGAUGACAGCCGCUGCUUUGUCAGCAUCACUGCUGAUCGAUGGGAAGGGUGGUGUAGAUAUGAAGCUUAUGAAUAACGCCAUGUUUACGCUACAGACUGAGCAUUUCUUCCAUCGCCCUACGGCGAUCCAUCGUGAGGAGAUGAAUUGCACAGCAGCUAGCAGCGCAUUGCGAUCAACUUUAGGUGGUAGCGAGAAGUACGAACUGGACGGCCUGGGAAAUGAUGAUCAUUGUGCGUUGCUGUGGCGCAAGACAACAGGCUAUGAAGGUGAGAGCUUUUUCGAUCUGGACUUCAAUGUGACAGCUGUCGGGACUAUGGCUCAUGAAAUCGCUGUGAAUGCAACGACGGAUGCUAGUUUCGGAUCGGCUGCAGCAGAACGUAGGAAAGUCCAACCCAACAUCAUCGUGCUCAACAUGGAAUCUUGGAGGCACCUGGAUGUCGGUGUGCUCGGUGGUGCGACCAAGAAGGCGACUACUGGUAAAAGCGCGACGCCUCGAUUCGAUGAACUUGCACAAAGCGGCAUAUUGUACAGCAAACACUACACCCAGUGUGUGCAAACUACGCGAACGCUCCUGACAACGCUGUUUGGAAUGUUACCGUCGUGCACGGAGACUACUGCACUGAAACAAUACAGUACAACGCUAAACGUGCGCGGUCUGCCACACUUUCUGAAGCAGCGCGGCUACUUUAAUCUCUUUUGGAGUGCGGUCGGUCCGACGUGGGAGCACUGGGACAAAUUUCUGCUGAAGAAUGGGUUUGAUAAGCUUGUGGACGAUCGCAAAAUUCGCAAGAUGUUGCACGAGACGCGGAAGUACAAGAAUACACCGGACGAUCAUUUUUCGUGGGGCAUGCAUGACCACUUAUCCUUUGAGAUGCUUUUGUACGCUAUUGAGUCGGCCCAUAAUGCUAGUGUGGACUUGACUGGUGCUGCAAAUGCAUCACUUGCGGCAUAUAGUACUGUCAACGAGACGUCUGUGAACACAACUGAAAAUAAGGAUAUGACGACUGUCCAGGAAGCUACAGCUAGGAGCAGAUAUCAUCACACUACUAACUCCAGUGGAAAUGGGACGUCUACUUCGGAACUACCAACAGACAAGUUGUCUUCAACAAUAUCAUCUAUACCAGCCAAAGCUCCGCUUUCCGGCUGGGAAGGACUGCAGACGCCGUACUUCAUCGAUAUGUACAGCAUUUCGAGCCAGAAUCCAUGGGUACUACCGAAUUUCUAUGAUACGCCGGACUUGUCCGGGCUAUAUACACGUUACAACAAGAAGUUCUUGGACUCGGUGUACUUCUCGGAUGAGAUGCUGGGCGAUUUUAUUGCGUCACUGCGUGCAAAGGGACUCAUGAAGAACACAAUUGUAAUCAUCGAAGGAGACCAUGGCUAUGGUCGUCCGGAACAUGAUAAUAACCCGUCCAUGGCAGAGUCGGGAGUGUGGGACGAAGCUUCGAGAGUGCCGUUCCUAUUGCUGGCCGACGAUUUCAUUCGUGACGAAGACAAGGGCAAAGUUGUGAACCAAUUGUCCAUGCAGUCAGACCUUAUGGCUACUAUUGCCGAUAUUCUCGGCGUGACGCCAGAGGAGCCGCUUUACCAGCACGGAUACGGUCAUUCCAUGAAGCGUCGUCGUGUGCAACCGGAGGUUGAAAACGAGGAUCAUACGUUGACUGUAACAGGUGAAAACGCUGGUCUGAAAGAGUCGACAGCCGAAGCACUUGCAGCAGAAGCCCAGAAGAGCCCUCAGGGACGCCGCGUUGUCAUGUGCAAUCCGUUCAAUGGUAUGAGCAAGGGCGUGCGCACUGAAGAGAUGAAGUACAUCUUCCACCCGGACGAAUCUUUCAAUGUCUUCGAGCCUGAAAUUGACGAAGCCGCCGCAGACAGGUUUGACAUUGAGGAAAUGGACGACACCACGCGCGACGUGUUCGAAUACGUGACGAAAGUGGUGGACUUGAACCAGUUCCUCUUUGAGGCGAACCGAAUGAUGACUCCAUUGCCAAAAUCUUCAGCAGAUACAGGAGACGACUGCACCCAGUUACGGAGACCCGUUGCAGCAAAUGUGACAAAGUCCAACGAGGUCGAGUUCACACAACGACGUGGUGUUCCUGCACCCGCCAACUCGCUGGAAUAG